AUGUACUAUUUUGGCUGGGCUCUCGGUUUGAUCGUAUUUUUUGCCGAUCAAACCGUAAGUUCAGUUCAAGGUGGUGCAUUUUUGAAGCUGCGUUUUCACGUGGAAGGUCCUAGAGGAGCUGAGAAGGUGAAGAAGAGAAGGAAGAUGGAGAAGAUGAUGAAGAAGAAGAGGAAAGAGAAGAAGAAGAAAAAGAAGAAGCAGAGAAAGAGAAGAAGAAGAAGAAAAAGAAAAAGAGAAAAAAAGAAAAACAAAAAGAGUGAAUGAGAAGGUGAAGAAGAGAAUGGAGAAGAUGAAGAAGAAGAGAAGGAGAUGGAGAAGAUGAAGAAGAAGAGAAGGAAGAUGGAGAAGAUGAAGAAGAAGAAGAGGAAAGAGAAGAAAGAAAAACAAAAAGAGGUGAAGAAUGGAGAAGAUGAAGAAGAAGAGAAGGUUUUUUUUUCUUCUUUCUGA